UUGAGGAACAUGACAAAGAGUUCAAGAUGUUGACUUGGCCUCCAAAUUCCCCAGAUCUCAGUCCGAUAGAGCAUCUGUGGGACAUGCUGGACAAACAAGUUCAAUCCAUGGAGGCCCCACCUCACAACUUACAGGACUUAAAGGAUCUGCUGCUAACAUCUUGGUGCCGGAUAAUAUAGCACACUUUCAGAGGUCUUGUGGAGUCCAUGCCCCGAUGGGUCAGAGCUGUUUUGGUGGCACAAGAGGGACCUACACAAUAUUAGACAGGUGGUUUUAAUGUUAUGGCUGAUCAGUGUAUAUGAACUAGCCUUUUUUUUUCUUUUUUUUUUAACUUUGUCGCCAUCUGUUGGCGUUUCUCCGAAUUGAUUGUAUUCUUGUAUCCAUAGCAACUUAACCGGAUGUUACUCUGCUUGUGUGACAAACGAGGUGGUGUGUUUGGUGUCCAAAAUGGAGAGGAUGAAGAGUGGGACAGCACAUGGCAGAAACAGCAAUAAGGGACUGUGGGACUGUCCUCGAUUCAAAUACAGCAAGGACACUCAGGAACUAAUGCAAGUGAUGAUGCGAGAAUCACGCCUCACCAACUUUCAGCAGCGACAGAUCAACAACCAGCUGAAGAGCGGCGCCUUACCACUGAUCUGUAACCCCACAUCAUCUACGGCACCUCCACAACCAGAGCUAAGAGUCAGCAAAGGCCCAGUUCUCUCAUCCAGACCACAGAAACGCAGCGCGGAGAAAUGCAGUGCUGGGGACAGCUACACGCGUGAGAGAUUUCAGCCCAGCGCCACACGAGACCAGGAAAAAGAGAAGUGCAGGCUGCAGAACAUCCUCGCUACAGGCCAGGCGGAGACGCACCCUUCGAGGUCCCACACAAGGCCUGCUAACAGAAUGGAGGACACUGAGAGAGACAGGUUCCAGGAGGUUCUGGAUGAGAUUGAGGAGAGAAGGCAGUUUUUGGAGGAGAUGAAUGCUCUUGGAAGGGGAAAACAGUACCAUCAUAUCAUUAACACCGAGAUAUCUCAGAAAAUCCGCGAGCUAGAGCUGAUUGACAGGGCACGCAGCAAGGCGAUAAGGAUGAAAGAGGGAAAAAAGGAGAACAGUGAAGAGUAGCAGUGAGGAAACACAAUGUAUUCAUCAAUUAACCUACCAGGCGAUGUUACAGACACACACUUCAAUACUGCCUAUUUAAGAGUCUAAGACAAUACAUGAUUUCAUUUCCUGUCAUGUAUGUUGUUUAUUGUAUUGCUUGAAUGAUGAACCAUUUAUUUCACUGGGGUAAAGGUCAGACAUUAAGUUUAUACCUGUGUUGCUGUUGAUUUAGUUACAAUAAUCCUUUUUAUUCUUUUUCCCGCCCAAAAUGUGUUUGCAUAUUUGUAACACAUUUUUAUGCAACAAAAGCCCUUGGUUUUUUUUUGGUUUUUUUUUAAAUUUAGAGG